AUGGAGGAGGUGGUAAAUCAUCAUCUUCUGAUGAUCCUGCUGACAGCAGGAGGAAGUGGUAAAUCAUCAUCUUCUAGGAAAAGGAAAAUGCUGAACAAGCAGCCCUGGAAACACACCCCUGCUCACAGAGGCUCCGCCUUUAUUGUUCCUGCACUUGGUGACUGGCACAGGCACAAAUGUCAGCGCUGCCCUCUGUUUACAGGAAACACCAUCACAUAUGCCGAGCUGCAUGUGAAGCCCCAGCCCCAAGGGAACAGCAGAACAGAGACUUCCACUCCUGGCUGCCAGCACAGGUGCUCAGCCUGGUUCUACGUGGCGCUGGUCCUGGCAGUCCUCGUGCUCAUCCUCCUGGGAGUUGUGGCCAUACAAGCCAAGCAGUUUUUGAAGGGCAGAGCAGGAAAAUCAGCAAGCUUGCCCCAGUAUGGUCUGAACAGCACCAGCAGUGACAUUUCUUCAGAGAGGACUGUCUCAGCAGUGCUCCUGAAACAGCUCAAGGAGGAGCUGUGUGAAGAUGGACAGGGCACGACAUGUGAGCUGUGUCCCCCCGGGUGGCAGCUGCACAGGGGCAGAUGUUAUUUCUUCUCCGAGGAGGCUAGGAGCUGGGAGGACAGCCAGAAACACUGCCUGGCCAGGAAAUCCCAGCUGCUUGUCAUUGAGGAUGAAAUUGAGAUGGAAUUUAUAGACAACAAAGACAAAGAUACCAAAUAUAUCUGGAUUGGCUCGGACACCAAAGAUGUGGAGAAAACGUGGAGUUCAGUGCAAGAUCACAGAGUAAAAGAAAGCAGCAGGACAGCUCUAAAAAGCAUUGAGGCUGACAAGAACUGUGCUGUUUACAGAAGGAAAAAUGUGAUCCAGGCAGAUAACUGCCAGACCUUAAAGGAGUGGAUCUGUAAGAAGAAUGCAACUUUGCUGGUGCUCUGAGCCACAUUUCCAGACAACAGGGACAGCUUCUCCUCAGAAGACCCAUUUUACAGACAAACCAGCUUGUGAUGUAAAUAAUUUUCAUCAGACUUGCAGGGAAAUUUGCACUUUGCUGUGCUGUGCUCCCUAAGAAGUCAGAAGAC